UCUACAAUGCCCAAGGUAUGGUGUAUGGUGGGCCUUUCAUCUAACUGACCCCACCACCCAACAUCCAACCUUGAAAGCACUGCUCCACCCCUCUAUAAAAUCGGAUUAGAAUCCUUAUAUUCUCCUCAUUGCAAUCUAAGCUUCAUUGGUUUUGUGAUAAGAGAGAGAGAGAGAGAGGGAGGAGAAAAGAGAGAGGAGAGAGGAGAGAGGAGAGGAGAAAGGAAACCCAUUUGGGUGUUUAGUCAAAGGCAGUUUUAUUCUAUGGCUUGUCAUGCUUUUAAGUUUUGGGAUAACCAGAGAGCCUGUUUGGCUAUGGUUUUCAUGCAAUUGCUGUAUGCAGGAAUGGCUCUGCUAUCUAAGGCAGCUCUCAAUAAGGGGAUGAGCUACUUCGUUUUUGUUGUCUACAGGCAGGCCAUUGCUACACUUGCUUUGACACCUUUUGUGUGCAUAUAUGAAAGGAGAAAGGCUCCGCCGAUGUCACUCAUCGUCUUUUGCAAGAUCUUCCUUCUUGCCUUAUUAGGUCUUACAUUGAGCAUGGAUCUCUAUUACAUGGCACUCCGUUACACAUCUGCGACGUUUGCAACCACAAUCAUUAAUAUAAUUCCUGCCAUGACCUUCCUCAUAGCCAUUUUACUAAGAAUAGAGAGCAUAAAUUUGAGAAGAACGUACGGUCGAUUGAAGAUCGUAGGCAUGUUAAUAUGCAUUGGCGGUGCUGUGUUGCUUAGCUUAUACCAAGGCCCUCCAUUGAAGCUCUUAAACUGGCACCACAACAUUGCCCCACCCCGUGGAAGAGGUGUCCUAAUUUCCCAUGGAGAGGAUAAGCCGAUGACGCUCAAAGGCCCGCUUCUCAUGUUUGCUGCAUUCACCGCUUGGUCCAUAUGGUUUGUCAUGCAGGCAGAGAUCUUGAAAGAUUACCCAGCUAAGAUGCAGCUAACGGCUCUCCAAUGUUUCCUGAGCACCAUUCAGUCAGCUAUUACUGCACUAAUCUUAGAUAGAAAUAUUGAUUCAUGGAAAUUAGGUUGGAACAUUCAGCUUCUCUCUGUUGUAUACUGUGGAAUUUUUGUGAGUGGAGUUUCUUACUGGUUGCAGAUAUGGUGUAUAGAGACGAAAGGUCCGGUCUAUGUGGCCAUGUUUUCACCACUGUCUGUGCCCAUAACUGCUAUACUUUCAGCUCUUUUGUGGGCAGAACUGAUCUACUUUGGAAGUGUGGUGGGUGGAUUACUGAUUGUUGGAGGGCUUUAUUGCGUUUUAUGGGGAAAGAGCAAGGAAGUGGAAAAUGGGAGCCUUGAGAAUGUGAUUGUACCAAGUGGGACCCCCAAAGACAAGCUUGCAGAUUUGGAGAGGGGUUGAUUGGUAUUUGAGUGGGACCCACAACAAGCUGGGAUUACACUUCAUUGCAACGUGGAACUCUAGCAAAUGUAGCUAGGGGUUCAACCCUCGCUGUGAUGUAUGAAACUCAGUCCGUCCGUCCUUGUCGAAACGAAACAAAUAUUAAAGAAUGUACAGCUGAUAUAUACUAGUUUUUUUUUUUUUUUUUGCCCAGUGAUUGCUUCAACAGUAUA